AUGGUUGAAACAGUCAUAUAUGGCAAGACAGUUGAUAAUCAAUCUCGGUGUGUUCACUGGCAUCUACCAAAAGAUGUUAUCGCCAUCAAAUUUAAAUGCUGUGAUAAGUACUAUGCGUGUUUUCAAUGUCACAAAGAGCUGAGUUCUCAUCCUGUUCAGAAAUACGAUCUUCGCGAAGAUGCAAGUAAAUACUUGAUUAUUUGUGGAAUUUGCCGUCACGAAAUGACUUUCGCAGAGUACCAUGGGAAUAACUCGAGCCUUAUUUGCCCCAAUUGCAGAUCUCCCUUCAAUCCAGGCUGCAAACUACACUACCAUUUGUAUUUCCAGAAUACCCCAUCUAUCACGUGUUGA